UUUUAAAAAUAAACAUGAUUAUAGACGUUUAUGGUUUGGUUCAGAAAGAAAGUUUUCAAAAAGCAAGAACUUUUUCACUUGAUUUGUAUGAUGCACAUCCGGAUGCAUUUGAAAAGCCCAAAAUACAUGAAAUGUUCGAAUUCGAGUGGGCAGAGUUCAUGAAAGAAAAGAAAAAGGAACUUGCGGGCUCAUAUUGGAACUAUGCUCAAGAUGUUUUAGUCUUCAUAGAUGGAGUUGCACAUGGUUCAGAUAUAGAACUAUAUAAUUGGGCAGAGAAAGAAUUUGGGUACCUUGAUUACCGCCCAAUGGCUUUAUAUAGUACAUUAGCAUCAGAUGCAUAUCAAAAGAUACUAUUUGACCUCAAUAGAAUUUUUGUGUCUAUGUUGAUAUCUAUUGAUGGAGAAAGAUGUGGUACUCUUCUUUUCGAAUUAUAUUCGGAUCUUUUACCAAAAACUUGUGAGAACUUCAGAGCAUUAUGUACUGGUGAAUACGGAAUGGCUAGAAAGAAUGAGGUAGAAAAAUAUAAAAUGCAUUACAAAGGAACGAAAUUUUUCAGACUUGUAAAAAACGGAUGGAUUCAAGGGGGAGACACACUUUACAACAGAGGAAAUGACGGACACUCAAUAUAUGGUCCAGUGUUUGAAGAUGAAAAUUAUAUCAUUAAGCACGAUCGACGUGGUAUUCUCAGUAUGGCUAACUCUGGACGCCACACAAACAGUUCACAGUUUUUUAUAACACUGUCACCGGCAAAGUGGAUGGACAAUCUUUACGUGGGAUUCGGAAGGGUGAUUGAAGGCAGUUCAACAUUGGACAAAAUGGAAGAAACACCAACACAAUACGAACGUCCAGUGAAAGAUAUACGCAUUGAAGAUAUCAGUAUUGUGGAUCCUAGAGACUUAAAAACGAAAAUUCUUUGA